CUGGAUUUAAGGGUGUAUUGUGUGUUCUCUAGUUCUGUGUUCCACACCUGCCAUGUAUGUUAUGAGGAAAGCUCCCUCCUCCUCCUCAAGGCUCUCAAGCACAUUAGUAUCCUAUAGGCUGUGCAGAGGGUAGCCAUGAAGAGACCUGUCAAUCUUUUAAACCAGGAAUUCUCAAUUGCAUGUGACACUGGGUCUUUUUUCCCUACCCUAUUAACUUCUCUCCAUUUUGGAAGAUGCUGUCUUCAAGGACUGGGUGACUUAUAAACAAGAGAUUCAUUUCUCAUAGUUCUGGAGCUGGGUGUCUGAGAUCAGGGUGCCAAAAUGGUCGAGUUUGGCCAAGGUUGCAGAUGGCCAACUUCUCAUCUUUGGCUUGGUAUCUGUUCAUACUGUUGUCAGAGAUAAACAGCGGGACCUUAAAAUGCUGAGGAUAGAUUUUCAUUGGUGAUAACUAUUGCAUUAGGGGAAAGAGUCCAGCAUGAACUGAACUUAAUUUGUAUAGAAAUGACUGAGACUUCUGAAGGGAGAUUGAGCCCUGUAGAGUCAGGAAGUGAAAAAAUUACACAACAUGGGAAGGGCAUUGGUCCAAGUGAAACCCAUUUAAGUUUGCAAACUGGUGUUUAUCAAAGUUGGCUUCUACCCUCCCAUCAAGCCUGGAAAACGGGAACCCUACCUUCAGGUGUGGGCUGAAACAAACAGUAAACUCUUCAGGCAGCCUUGAGUUUUGUCAAGCAGGCACUUUAAGGGAGGCCAGUAUCAUUGGAGGGAUGCAGCCUUGAACCAUAAGAAGCCAUGUUUGUUCUUGUUCAAGGCUUUAUAGGUCAGAGUCGACAGGCCUGUUUAAGAAGGAGGCUCUGAUCCUGCCUAGAGUCUGGUCAAAGAGAGAACCUCUGUCAUUCCUCCCAAAAUGUAGGAAAUUAACAGAUUAUAAAAUAAGCUUAAAGAAAUAACCAGGACCCAAAUUCAAUGCCAGAAAAAUGAAGGUUAACUGCCACAGGGGAGAGGCAGGGUGGGCAGCUGAGCUGGAAUCAGAGCCGAUAGUAUUACAAGGCAUGGGGAGAUUAUGCUGUGGCUUAAUAUUUUACAAAUGGUAUUUCCUGUUGCAUAGCUUACCUAAAUACCACAGGUUUGGAUGGAACAUUAUGGACUGUACAACAUAAGUGUUAAUAGUAUAGCUCAUGUGGACUGGUUACUUCUCCAUGACCUAAAAUGAAGUGAGGCUUUUCAUUUUCCUUGACGUCUUGUUUCCUUUCUGUUUCAAACAUUUACUUUUCCUUUUAAAGGGAAAACUUCUGUAGGAAUGAUAUUUGAAACAUUGUCAUAGCAUAGUAAACCUUUAAGAGAAUUCUCCACAAUGAGUUUUUACACACUGGUCUGCCUGACUUUGUUUCCACCGUAUGCAUCCUGGGGGAGCAGUUCGGGUAACUGGAUUGCACUCCUCCAACCACACAAAACAAGACUAGGGUUUUUCAAGUGUAGCUCCAGUCUAGUUGUAUCGCUCUGGAGGAAUCUGGCACUGUGGGGAAUCUGAGAAUUCCUUAUUUGGGAAACAGCCAAUGAAACCACACAGAUACCGACAUUAAGACAUUCUUUCUCUGGAUUAUGCAGUAUUGUUACAGAGCAAAAAGUCAGAGGCAUAAAAGACUAAAUUCGGUCUUAUGCAAAGGCUAGGGUGUUCUUGGGAAUCCAGAUGUGUUCCUGAGGCAUGAGGAAAAUUGAGCCCAACAGUGACAGUUGGGCUCGGGGCUGAUACCAGGAGGAAACAGAUAGGCAUUGGUGAUGACCUCCUGAGCUCCAACAAAUACUUCCUCAGCCUCAGUCCUCCCUCAGCAUCUGGCGGUUACAAGAAGCCAGAUGCUAGGGACACACUGGAGGGUGUUCUCCACAGACAUAUUGAAAGGGACCGUCAUCAGCUGCAAAUGGCCUGGAAUGCUGCUUUGCCAACCCAACGCAUCUGAUCUGAUUUCUUCAAUCUGCAGGAGAAGAGACAACAUAUCUGGUUCCUUGACAAGGCCACAGCCUCCUCCUGAAGAUGUGCUCCACAAACCCAGGCAAUUGGGUCACCUUUGAUGACGACCCUGCUUUUCAGUCUUCUCCAAAGUCCAAGAAUUUCCCUCUGGAGAAUCAAAGUGUCUGUAGACCAAAUGGACUUAAACUGAACCUGCCUGGUCUCAGAGAAUUUCCCAGUGGGCCUUCCUCCACCAGCAGUACCCCGCUGUCUUCUCCCAUUGUUGAUUUUUACUUUAGUCCGGGACCUCCAAGUAAUUCUCCCCUUUCUACACCAACCAAAGACUUCCCAGGUUUUCCCAGCAUCCCUAAAUCAGGGGUUCAUGUCCUUUAUCCCAUUCCAGAAUCUUCUCCAAACUGUCCACUUGUGCCAGCAGGAACAGGUUCCUCCUUAUUGUCUACUAAGUCCACCUGUGUCUCCCAGGCUUUCGUACCUAAGGACCCCUCAUGUACACCUCCAGCUCCCAGAGUGGGUCUCUCAGAUGAAACGAGUCCUCAGCAGGCUGAAGGUGGAGGUCUGCAAAGUGAUGCUCCCCAGUUUCAGUAUUUUCAGGAGGACUGCGCUUUUUCAAGUCCAUUUUGGAAAGAUGAAGGCAGCACUUCUCAGUUCACCUUUGACCCCUUGGGAAGCAGAAAGACUUUCUCAUCAAGAGACAGGGAGAUGCCUAUGGAUCAAAAAAGCCUAAAUAAAUGUUCCCUUGACUACAUCUGUGAGAAGCUUGAACACUUCCAGUCAGCCGAGCACCAAGACCCUCUUGGAAAUUUGUCUGCGCAGUGUCCCUAUGCCGAAGACUCUAUCUCUUCCUUUGUCCCCCAUACGCUUUUCAGGAGUCAGCCCAAAGCCGGAUGGUCCUUCAUGCUGAGAAUCCCUGAAAAGAAGAACAUGAUGUCUUCCCGGCAAUGGGGCCCAAUUUUUCUGAAAGUCUUACCCGGAGGAAUUUUGCAAAUGUAUUAUGAGAAGGGCUUGGAGAAGCCAUUCAAAGAGUUCCAGCUUGACCCACAUUGCAGACUUUCUGAACCCAAAGUUGAGAACUUUAGUGUGGCGGGGAAAAUCCAUACUGUGAAGAUUGAACAUGUGUCUUACACAGAAAAAAGGAAAUACCAUUCUAAGACAGAAGUCGUUCAUGAACCAGACGUAGAGCAGAUGUUGAAGUUGGGGUCCACAGAGUACCGGGACUUCCUGGACUUUCUGACUACUGUGGAGGAGGAGCUGCUGAAGCUGCCAGUCGUUCCCAAACCAAAGAAGAACUAUGAGGAGCAAGAAAUUUCCCUGGAAAUUGUGGACAACUUUUGGGGUAAAGUCACAAAAGAGGAUGGGAAAUUGGUUGAAAGUGCUGUCAUAACUCAAAUCCAUUGCCUCUGCUUUGUGAAUGGGAAUGUGGAGUGCUUUUUAACCUUGAAUGACCUUGGACUGCAAAAGCAAGAUGAAUGCUGUUUUGAAAAAGAUCCAGAAAAGAAGUGGAUCGAGAUUCUUGACUACCAUUUUCAUAAGUGUGUGAAAGGACAAGAAUAUCAGCAGUCAAGAAUCGUUAAGUUUGUCCCUCUUGAUGCCUGCCGGUUUGAGCUGAUGCGUUUUAAGACUUUGUAUGAUGGGGACGAGCUUCCCUUUUCUGUGAAGUCCAUCGUGGUUGUCCAAGGCGCCUACGUGGAACUUCAGGCCUUUGUCAACAUGGCCCCGUUGGCUCAGAGGCCAUCCCACUCUACUUCCUUGAGGUGCUGUGACAAUAUAAUGAUACACUUUCCUGUCCCGUCUCAGUGGAUCAAGGCUCUCUGGACCAUGAACCUCCAGAGGCAGAAGUCCCUGAAAGCCAAAAUGAACCGCAGGGCCUGUCUGGGGAGUUUACAUGAACCUGAAUCUGAACCUGUCAUUCAGGUCACUGUGGGGUCAGCCAAAUAUGAGAGUGCCUACCGGGCUGUGGUGUGGAAGAUAGAUCGGCUUCCUGAUAAAAAUUCAAGUCCUGAUCAUCCCCACUGUCUGUCAUACAAACUAGAACUUGGAUCAGACCAAGAAAUCCCCUCUGACUGGUAUCCAUUUGCUACUGUUCAGUUUUCUAUGCCUGAGUCCUGUGCCUCAAGGACAGAGGUCAGGUCUCUGGGGAUGGAGAGCGAUGUCCAGCCACAGAAACAUGUUCAACAGCGAGCUUGCUACAACAUCCAGGUUGAAAUAGAAAAGAAAUGGAUUAAAAUCGAUGGAGAAGACCCAGAUAAAGCUGGUGGCUGCAUAACUCAGUAGAAGUACCAAGAGUGAUGAUGAUCCACACGUCAGAUAUGUAACUCAGAGAAACCACAUGAAGUUCUGCUAUUGGCUUCUGAGUGGUGGGCUUAGGACAGGCCCAGUGGCUGUGUGUACUGAAGCUUAGACCUAAAACCAAACCUUCUGUGUUUUAUGCUUUUGAUAUGUUUUGCCAUAGGGGUUUCAUCUAAAUGUGUCUAUAAUUUGUGUGAUAUUUUGCUUCUUAUUGAAACUCAAAGGCACCGUUAUCUGAAAUACGUCCUGGCAGCCAGUUUGGCUGAAAGGUUUUUGAUUUUUGAUUACUGAGUGGCUGAUUGUUUUGUACUCUGGAUUACCUGAGUGCCAUGUUUAUUAUCCCUCAGUCCCCAAUCUCUUCUUGCUGUGUUAGCAUCUGUACCAGAGGGAAAGGCAAUCAAAGAAGAUGUAAACCAAAAUACUUAACUUCCCCUUUUGCUCGUCUCUGAAACGUGCUUUAGUAGAGAAUGAGGUUGAAACCACAGCUAAAAUGGAGAUUUGGAAGUAUCAGUGGUUUUGAAUUAUUUAUAUUCCCAUCUUCUGACCACAUUGGUAAGUAAUCAUUGGCUGUAUCUGGUAGCUGUCUUUCCCUGACUCUGUUAUCAUUUGCAAAGUGUCUUUGUAUUCUGGUAUGUGCUGCAAAGAAGCUAUUCCUGUUGAUAUACAUAUUUUAGUACAAGUCACUAAGACAUAUUGCCUUUUGGUUGGUGGGAUUCCUUUCAAAAUAGAAUCAGAGUAUUGGACACUAGUUAAAAAUAUUUAUGUACAUUAAAGAUGAAUUUUAAAAGUUCAUGAAUAUUGUUUUCUAAAAGUAUAGACUCUAAGAAUGUAUUUUGAUAAAGUAUUAUUUGUAAUUAACAGAAGCCUCUCUCGAGUAGAUUCUAAAUCAUGAUUAUUUUAUGUAGUGCUGCUAUCAUGCUAUUUUAUGUUAAUUAUAUGCUUAAUUUAGAGUAUUAUUCUUUAAAAGAUGAGUAAAGUGAAAGACAUUAGAUUAUUUUACUAAUAUUUCUGAGAGAAGACAUUUCUACUCUUCAAAGUCAGGGAAAUGACUACAAUAGUUUAGUUUUUAGUGAAAAGCCAGCAUCAUUAGCACCUAUAAUACUAGUUGUAAUUUCCUUUUAGUAUUUACAGCAACAAAUCAGAAUUAUGUUUUUUAGUCUGAAAAACAAACUUCUCUGUGGUUUUAAUACACCUCCAAUAUAUGUUGAAUCUUAAAUAUGAUCAGGAGGCAUUUUUCUCUAUUUACUGGAUUGUUUUGAGUCAAAACUGAUAUAAUGUUCUUCCCAACAACAUUUUUUGUUGGCCUACAGAGUUUAUUUCCUAUGUUUUAUUUAAUAUUGUAUUACAUUCAUUUUAAUCUGUUCAAAUAACAGAUUAAAACAAACAUUUAUGAUGGUCUGUAUCAAUUAGCAGAUUUUAUUGCUUUUCAUUUUUUACUGUGAAGGCACAGAAUGCAAAAGUCAAUGGGAGAAAGGAAUUGAUGUUGUUCUUUUUAACUUCACUUGACAUAUUGCUCAUAAUAUCAUAUGUUUGAGACUCACUGUUUAUGUGUCUAGGAGGGCAAAUCUAUGUGUGUGUGUGUGGUUGUUUUUAAAAUUCCACCAUCUUUUCUUUUCAUCUGGCAUGGGCACACUCUGGAGGGACUUCAGUCUGCUCAGAACAAAUAUGGCAGUGGGCCAGAUCUGAUGCUAUACCACAAUCCCAGGGAAGUUAGCUGGGUUAAUUACUGCCAUUCCCUUCCAAGUAUGUUUUAUGGCAUCUGGCCUACAAAGAACUCACAAUCUGAUUUAGACGAACUUAAUGAAUAUUUAUACCUCAAAAUAAAUUCAACAAAGGGUUCAACUAAUUGUCUCUCAUGCUUCACAGGUUGACUAGUGUCUGUGGGUACGUCACUGCUAGGGUCGUUUACUCACAAGCCACCCAGACUUCCGGGAGCAUCUCAAGACUCAUUGUUGAAAAUAUAGUAACAAAAGACUAAAGCCCAAAUUGAGUUUCUGCAGCAAUGCAAAGGUUGAUAGCAUUAACAGCAGGGUGCUCCCACAUAAUUGUUAAUUUGCACAUUUAUUAGAACCUUAAAUAUUCAUUACUUAGUGUUAAAUUAACAUUCUGUGUAGGAAUGAGAGCCUUCUUAAUAUGAUUCUUCUGACCUUAGAAAUGGCAGGAGGUCAAAUGUGACUAUGGAGCUCUAAGUGAAAAAAAUCAGGUAGGGUCUAUUUAGAUUUAAAAAUUAGGAAGUAGAAUUUCUUUUGUCAGAAAGUAAAUAGUGAUUUUCAAGGCCUCCCCCCCCCCUCACUUUUAAAGGAAGACCGAGGGAAUAAAGGAAGAAAUACUUAUAGCAUUUUAGGUUAGUUUACUUGUUUAUUACGAGUUUGACCAUUUUGAAGUCAGUUGUUUGACACUAUGGCACAUUUCCAAAGAGAGGAGCAGUUGUGACUAGUCCCAUUCUGUUCCAAUUGUUCUAGUCUGGUCACUUUACAAAUCACAGAGUCAUAGUAACAAUAUAAAUGAGUUCACGGAUUGAUCAUCACAUGAUCAAUUAUGAAGAUCUGAAUUAAAGAAUAUUUCCUUUUUCAAUGGAAUCACAACAGUUUAUUAAAAAAGGGAUGGAAAAAGGAUAUUUUUCAGAACAUAAAGGCUAAAAUUUUUGACCUGAUGUAUAUUUUAGACAGUUCUAGGAGUUUAGUUCCCUUAAUUCUGGAGCUGUGCUUAUAAUACAGCCCUUUUCUUAUAAAUUCAGUUAGAAGGUCUUCCUUAACAAUGACUGUUAUAAUGUUUUACUCAAAAUAUGAUUUUGUGUCCUAUCAAUACAAAUAUAAAACAGUUUGAGCCCUAAUAAUCAUGUAACAAAGUAUUUUGUAGAUUGCAUAUUGAUUUUUCUAAAAUUAAAGAUGUAUUUCAAAUAAUUCUUGCUGUGCUAUGGACUUAUAUCUUUUGCAAGGCCUGGGGAUAUUUUUUUAAGGUGUGAAAUCAAUUUCAAUAACCUUCAAAAAUUGACUCUCUGUCAGGCAUAUGUAUAAGACUUCACUAUUAAGGAGUCAUUGAACAUGGCAUCUUGGCAUAUCCUGGAAAAAUAAUAUCAUCAAACUGUAAUUGAUGAUAUGAUAAAGGAUGAUUUUUAAAAGAGCAAAUAAUCAUGACUCAUAAAGAUAUGAAGUGAAUAUGUGCAUAAGAUUUUAUUUAACUCACUAACUAAUGAGGGAAUCCAUAAGCUGUUAUAAUUGGUUCAAUGCUGGGUGUGGUGUUACACACCUGUAAUCCUAGCAAUUUGGGAGGCUGAGAAAGGAGGAUCCUAAGUUCAAAGCCAGCCUCAGCAAUUUAGCAAGACCUUAAGCAACUUGAGACCCUAUAAAAUAAAAAAGUCAUAAGGAGUUCCAAAGAGAAUUCAAAAAAAGACAUAUAUAGGAAGUAAGGAAUUCUCAAAUGAAUUUGCCAAUAGAUACAAGAUGGGUCUAGUCAUUCUUAGGGCAACAAUAAAAAUAUAGUAUCCUCCUGUCCUAACAAUUAAUUUACAUUUCUGUGGACAAGAGUCAUGUGCAUUAAUAUCAGACUUCUAUCAUUUACAGACUCAUAAAAUAAUUCAAAGACAAAGUAAAGGUAUUGAUAACCUGCAUGAAAAUGAGAUAGGACUUCCAUUUCAAAGUCAUAUACCAUUUUUUUUGACAAUAGGCUGAACUUUGUCCACAGGAGAACAGAAUUGUACAACUUGGGCAACUUGUUUAGUAGUACUAAAGAAAUAAUGUGUAUUUAAAAGCAAAGUUUUUGAAGUUUUGAAAACUAUUUUUACCCAAUAGUGCAGAAUAUAUUUUUACCCAAUAGUGCAGAAUAUAUUUCAGAGAGCUGAGGUGGGUGCAGUGGGUAGGCCAUAAUAGAUACAAAAGUAAAUCAAUGCUGAUUAAAAAACCCUAAUGAAACCAACCUCUCUUUCCAUCAUAAGAAAACUGACAUUUGUUGAAAUUAAACUUUUAUCUAUUAAAGUUAAUAUUUCAAAACUGUACCAGGCAGAUCACCAAGCACUAUUCUAGCCAUUGCUGGUAGUGACAAGGCUUGGCUGUUGUUCUUCAGGAGCAAGGGAAAGGAUUAAGUGUCUUCGAGUGACCAUGUUUGUAACAAUGUCCCUCAAAUCCCCAUCAUUUAAUUCUUUCUUGUUCAGAUCUACCUAGGCUGCCCUGCCCGCUUCCAAGUAUCUAUGUUAUCUAUCCUAGACCCUCUAAUUCCCUGCACAAUUCUGUCCCUAGGACCUUUUGCUCCUAAAGUAUAGAACUGUGUGUAUUUGGUGAGAUAUUGAUUUUGGUAUUGACAAUUUGAUAUUUUCAUUGACAAUUGCCAGUGUUUGUCAUUCUUGCUAGCAAUUUCAUGGGGCUCAACCUAAUUACCUGUAUAUUUUCCUGGGUUAUAUGAAACAAGGAUUUUUUUCUUGUUGUAAGUAUAUUAAUAAGUUCUUGCUUAGAGCUGGCAUUGAGAUAUGAAUUUGACUGUCUUUAAUUUUUUUUUUUGGUACCGGAGAUUGAACUCAGCAGCACUUAACCACUCUGCCACAUCUCUGGCCCUUUUUUAUAUUUAUUUAGAGAUAGGGUCUCAGCUGAGUUGCUAGAGCCUUGCUGAGUUGCUGAGGCUGGCUUUGAAUUCGUGAUCCUCAUGCUUCAGCCUCCUGAGCCAUUGAGAUUACAGUCAUGUGCCACUGUACCUGCCUUGUAAUUAAUUCUUAAAGCAAGAUAGUUGCUGGUUAUCAAGCAAAUAGUUGAUUUACUAAAAAUGCCAUAGAUAAAAGUUUCAGGUAAUAUUGUGCUUUUAAGAUUAUGUUCCUUCCACCUGUAUGAGAGAAGAAAAUGGAUUAGUGUGAUUGCCCCAUGUUUUGAAAGAUUGAAAUUCAUUUCCAUGAGAAUUCUAGGAAGAAACACAAAUCGCCAUUCCACCUUGAGAUUUGCUUCUUCCCCUCAUGCCUCUGCACACCAGCACAGCCUUCCAAACCUCAGAAGGAAGGAUAGUUUAUGUAAAUAAAAGGAUUGUAUCUUGACAUUUUUCUGAGAAGCCCCCUUUGUCCUACCCAGAAUUGCUGUAAAAUCCAUGAAAUGUAACUUGCAGUACACUUUUAAAACAGAAGAGGGAACUCUCAGGCAAGCUGCUGUUACCCAGAGUCAGAAACACCAGCGUUUGAAUUUGGUGAAGCUUGUAUUUUGAUUAAUAAAAGAUCUUGAGGGCAUUUUACAAAUCAUUUCAAAGCAUCAUGAGUCCGGUGAAGUAUAAUUAAAAUUAAUGCAGUAGACAAACACUUUAAAGUAUUCUUAAUGCUUUGUCUAAAAAUGCUAUUGAAUACAAUUUUACACAUCCCAAGGAUUUAAAUACUAUGCUUAUCUCUAAACAUUUCUAUUAAGGAGACAGAAAAAUAGCAUGUUCCUUCUCCACUGAUUUAAAACUCUAAUGAGAGUUAAUAAACUCUAAAUCUUACUUAUGAAGAUUUAGAAAAUAUUGUAAUUAAUCCAUCUUGUGUGGGCAUGUAGCAAAGUCAGUGUGGUCUCUAAAAUCUAGCUCCAGCCCAGGAUUGUACUUUCAGUCUAUGGGUAAGACCAAGCAAAUAUUUGCUUGCAGAAUAUUCCAUGUUACCUUGACCCAGGGACAAGGCUUUGUUCUUUCAGUCCUCAGAAAACAGUAAUGAGCUCUUUCUCUCAGAAAUCUUUCUGGGUGGAUGUUGCCAUUCUUUUAUGAAGUCCAUUAGAACAUUCUUCUUCUAAAAAUCUUAUGUCAUGAGCAAGUCUAUGAGUGUAGCAUGAGACAUUCCCAAAGGUGUCUGCCACAAUCUGAAAUAUAGAAGUGUUGCUUAAGGCAUUGGUAGCCACAGUUUGUCACUUCUAAUAACCUCAAAAUGCUAUGUCAUUACAAUCAAUCAUCUUGCUGAUUAUUCUAAUGUUUAUUGAGUGCUUUCUAUGUGUCUACAUUUUUUCUAGACACUGGGGAUAAACAAUCACAAAACAGUUAAUUGCUGUUAUCCUAGAGGGUAUAUAAUAAUGGAGGAAGUCAGACAAUAAACAGAUAGUAAUUUGUUAUGCAGGAAAAUAAAGAAGGGUAGGGUGGCAAAGAGUGGCAGAAGAAUGUUGAAAUGGAGUUCCAGAAGAAACCUGGAAAAAAUGAAGGAGAGAGUCACCUGGAUCCUUCAGGGAAGAGUGAGUCCAGCCACUGCUAAUGCACAGGUGCUAGAAUCAGGGCUCUUGGCCUGUCUCAGGAAUAUCAAGGCUAGCAGCAAAUAGCUACUCAGUGGCAGAGGACCAGGGAGAAGGAAAUCAGAGAGGUUGCUAGCAGGUCAGGGAGGAGAUCAGGUAGGGCUUUGUAGGCCAUGGUAAGGACUUCAGGUUUCAUCCCAAAUGAGAUGGAAACCCCUAGAGAGUUUCUGGUGAACAAGUUACAUGAACUUUGUUACAUGUUAAGGUGAGUCUAUGAAUGAGUUGGGGGCAAUGACAGAAGCAGAGAGACCAGUUAGGAGCCUAUUGCAAUAACCCAGGCUUCUUAGUUUGUUCCUGCUGAUAUAAUAAAAUACCAUAGGCUGGGUAAUUUAUAAAGAUCAGAAAUUUAUUUCUUACAGUUAUGAAAGGUUGGAGAGUUCAAGAGCAAGGUGCUGGAACAUUCACAGUCUGAUAAGGGUCAGUUCUUCAUAGAGGGCACCAUCUAUGUGUCUUUGCAUGGAGGAAGGAGCAAAAAGGCUCCCUCAAACCUUUUAAAAAAUCUAUUUAUUAUAGUGUGGGAGACUGAACCCAGGGUCUCAUGCAUGUAAGGCAAGCACUCUACCAACUGAGCUAUAUCUCCAGUCCCCCUUGAGCCUUUUUUUAAAGUACCACUGAUCCUGUUUGUAAGGGUGGAGCCUCACAUCCUAAUUACUUUCCAAAGGCUCCAUCUUUUACUACCAUCCAUUGAGGGUUAGAUUUCAACAUGUGAAUUUUGGGAAGACACAAACCUUCAGACAGUAGCACCAGGUGUGACCAAUCAUAAUGAUUAGGAGUGGUGAAAGAAGAUGCAAAAUUGUUGGACUCGGAAUAUAUUUGAAAUACAAGAAAGAACAGUGCAUGCUGAGGGAUUGGAUGUGGAUUGUGAGGGGGAGAGGGAAUGGAAGAUGGAUGAUUCUAAGAUUUUUCAUCUGAGCAGCUACAGAAUGGGAGUGAAAGAUCAGGAGUUUAUGCAUGAAUCGGAUGUGUUAACCUUGAGACAUUUAUUAGGUAUACAAGUGGAGACAGUGAGUACUACUUGGGUGCAUAAGGUGGGAGAGAGUACUGGGCUAGAGAUGCCACUUUGGGAACAGCAGAAUUUAGAGCGGUGGGACUGGCUGGGAUCACCUGGGAGUGAAUAGAAAUACUAGAAGUGGUCUGAGAGCUGAACCCUUGGGCUUUUUGAAGUUUAGAGGUCAAAAAACAAGGACAGUAAAGGAGACCGAGGAAGAGUAGCUGGAGGAGAAGACAUCAGAGAAUGGUAUCUCGGUGAGAAAGGAAGUAGUGUCUGCCUCAAAUGCUGUUAUAGGGUAAGAUGAGGACUAAGAAUUGACCACUGGAUUGACCACAAGCAGCAGUGUCAUUGGAGUAAAGGCCAGGAAAGCCAAUUAAGCACAUAUAGAGCCAGACAAUAGAUACUCUGUUGGGGAGGCAAAACUUCUUUUUACUUUCCUAGGUCCUGUGGUUGGCCUAAGAAUCAAAAUGACUUGAAAGAGAUUAAUAGAAGGAAAGCAUACAAAUUUUAUUUAAUGUUUUUACUUGUAUGUGGGAUUCCUCAAAAGGAAAAUUUAAAAAAGCCUUCAGGCUCUAGGCACAGUAGUAUACACCUGCAAUCUCAAGAACUCUGGAGGCUGAGACAGAAGUUGGAGGACAUCUUUAGCAAUUUAGUGAAGUCCUAAGCAACUUAGUGAGACCCUGUCUCAAAAUAAAAAGGGCUGGGAUGUGGCUCAGUAGUAAAGCACGCUGGGUUCACAUCCCCAGUACCAAAAAAAAAAAAAAAAGCCUUUAGACCAUAAUGCUUAUAUUAAAUUUUAUAUGAAAAAUAAAAAAAAAAUUGUGCUAACAUGAGAAGAGAAAGGGGCUUGGAACAGUGACCAGGAAAUAAUAUGGAACAUAAUGGGAGGCUUUGUGUGUACAGAUCCAUUUUGGCAUUGACUCCCAGUCUCUGAAGAUAAGAAUGUUUUCUUCCUAGCAUAGGAGGCUACCUUUCUUGUGGGAAAUUUUAUGACCUGCUUUUAGGUAGAAAGGAGGAGGUCAGAGACCCUUCCUGCAACUGCUAUUUCUCAAGUUUCAUCAACUUAAAAUAAUCAAUAUGCCAAAGCAGCAUAUUUUCGGUGGCAUGAUCUGAACUUCUCAAAGUCUUUUGAGGAGUUGUACUGUAAACAUCAGGAUAGUAGCUGGUGAGAGUGAGAUCCCCCUGCCCUCCUUGAGACCCAAGUAUUGGCCUUUGUUUCUACUAGUGUCUCUUUUUUCUUUAAUUAUUAUUACUAUCUUACCUUAUUGAUAUUAAUUAUUGCUAAAAUGUUCUCUUAAUGUCAAUAUUUAUAGAAAAUGAUUCCUUGUCAUCUUUCAAUCCAUGUCAACUGAAUCAUGUACUGUGUCUUGCAUAGGUGUUAGAUGUACCAGCUUGUAUUUCUUCAGAAUUUUCACUAACAUAUUUGUGAUGUUUUGGGUGUUACAUAUUUUAAAAUAAAUUUAGCCAUUACUUUAA